AGUUUUUAGGUUAUGUUUUGUUUUGUUAGAAAAAUAAGGAAAAAUGAGUCAAAAAUUUCUGUUUUUGGUUCUUUUCAUUUCACAAUUUUCUCAGAUUUCAUGAAGCAAGCACUAUAAAAAAACAAGACAAAUUCAACCGAUCCUGAUUCGUAUAAAUGUGAACAUAAUAAUAAUGUUCUCAAAUAUUGCAAAAUGGACAAAAAGAUGAUGUAUGCCUUCAGAGGAUGGAUAGCUUUUUUAGCUUUUGUGGAUCUAGGUACUGCAGCAAGAAGUUAUAUAGAAAAGAGGUCUUUCUUAAGCAAGACAAUUUCAGAUGUUCAAGAAUAUGUAGAUGAAGAAUUCACGACUUCAAGAGUUUUAGGUUUAUACUCAGUUCUGAAGGCAAUAGUUCUGAUACAUUGUACUUUGUUUAUACACUACAAACCAAUUGUUAGUAUGGGAAUCUGUUCACUGAUCCUGACCAUAAUACUUUAUUUCACUGAAACUAUUUAUUUCAAAGCAGCAACUCUCAAUUUCUAUGUAUUAUUUCCCUGCAUAUUAAAUAUUGUUACUCUAGUUGGCUUGGUAUAUUUGCCAACACAUUUGAAAAUAUGGGAGUAUCAAGAAAACGAAGGACACUCCAAAAGUGGCUUGAUUAAAAGGAAACGCCAUUUCAAGACUAAUAAUUGAUUCAAGAUUUGUUGUCACAGCUUACCCCACCAGAUUUUGUCACUUUCACUUAUAUCACUGAUAUUGAUGCACUGAUUUGAAGGCAUGUUCAGAAAGAAGAAGCAAAUACAUCUCAAAUCACAAGAGUAAUUUGAGUAUUCAAUAACACUUGGGAAGCUUCUUGCUAAUUUUUUAAGACAACAGAAGUUUAUGUAUGCAGUUUUCAUUAGUAGUGUAUAAUAAAGCAUAAUAAUAUCAGUUCUUAAACAAUCAACUCUGAUGAGAGUUUGAUUUCCCAAAUGAUUCAAUUAAAGCAUAACAAUGAUUUUGAA